AUGGCUGGCGGUACCCCUGGUGGCGAACCUACAGUUGGGUCUGGUGAGCCACGGAAAAAAAGCCUUGCGACAGCCGAAACAGUACAAACAGGAUGUAUUGCCUGGGUAGAAAAGGAAGGCCAGCCGCGACGCGCCGAGAUCCUUAGCAUCAAGACAACCAAAAGCGGCAAACAAUUCUACUGUAACUUCGACAACUUCAAUAAGCGACUUGACGAAUGGGUACCUGUAAUUAGGCUGGACUUCUCUCGCGAAGUAGAGUGGCCAAACCCCGAAAAGGAUAAACCCAAAGACCCCAAGACGAAAAAGGCUACCACUGUACAACAAUCUAAAAAGACACAACCCUCCAAGAAGUCGCAGAAACGACCCAGCAAACGAGAACAAUCGGUUGCUUCAGAAGCAAAUACCCCGCAUCCUUGGACUGACUCCCAAAACCGGCAAAAGUCUGCCUCGAUCGGUCCUGAUGGCGAGAGCCAAGCGCGCGCCAGUGUUGAUGGAGGCGCAACCCCGGCUGGUGGUGAUGAUAUGGACAUAGAGGAGAAGGAGACGGAGGUCAAACGGGAACCAGCUGAGUUCAGUCGCGAAGUCGAGAUCGAAAAGCUUCGCACAUCCGGUUCGAUGACACAAAAUCCGACCGAAGUAUCGCGAAUUCGAAACAUCUCCAAAGUGCAAUUCGGUCGUUUUGAUCUCUACCCAUGGUACUUCUCCCCGUAUCCUGAGAUUUUUAGUCAAGAGGAUUUCAUCUUCAUCUGCGAGUUCUGCUUGAGCUACUAUGGAGAUGAAAAAGCUUUCUCACGACACCGAAGAAAGUGUACGCUGCAGCAUCCCCCUGGAAACGAAUUAUACCGAAAUGAAGACAUAUCUUUCUUCGAAAUCGAUGGGCGACGACAACGAACGUGGUGUCGCAAUCUCUGUCUUUUGUCGAAGAUGUUUCUUGAUCAUAAGACAUUGUACUAUGACGUGGACCCGUUCCUGUUUUAUGUCAUGACGACAAGAACUGAAAAAGGAUGUCACUUGGUGGGAUAUUUCUCCAAGGAGAAGGAGAGUGCAGAUGGCUACAACGUUGCCUGUAUUCUGACCAUGCCGCAAUACCAGCGUAAAGGAUACGGUCGACUUCUGAUUCAGUUCUCGUACGAGCUCUCCAGAAUUGAAGGAAAGCUUGGUUCUCCAGAAAAGCCUUUGUCGGAUUUAGGUUUAUUGAGUUACCGACAGUACUGGUCAGAGAACAUCUUGGAGCUCCUCGUGGGUUACAACGAACGCGAAGAGAAGGCUACGAUCGAGGCAAUUUCUACAGCAUUGGCCAUGACAACGCAGGAUGUUGAGCACACCCUACAAGCAUUGCGAAUGCAGGUCUAUCAUAAGAGCGACCACAAGAUUGUGAUACCAGAGAAAUUGAUCCAGCAGCGGGAGAAGACCAAGUUGAAGAGGAAGCGAACCGUGGACCCCGCCAAGAUCCAGUGGAAGCCCCCCGUGUUUACAGCUUCAAGCCGAACAUGGGGAUGGUAA